AUGUUUGCUGCAAUUAUUUUAUUAUUUAUAAUUUUAUUUUUUUAUUGGAAUUUUAUUUAUAAACGUCAAGGCCUUCCGCCUGGGCCUAUACCACUUCCAUUCUUCGGAAAUACAUUAACGCUUUCACGUUCAAAAUGUGCUUAUUUGCCUUACAAAUUAUGGGCUGACAAAUAUGGCCCAAUAUAUACAUUUUGGAUGGGUGAAUGUCCAAUAGUUACAGUAACUGAUUAUUCUUUAAUGAAUGAAUUGUUUGUCAAAAAUGGUGAUGCUUUUGUUGGAAGGGAUUUUCUUAAUCAUUUAAGCAAAUUAGUUGAAGUACACACUGGCAAUCACGGAGUUAUUCAAACACAGGGAGACACUUGGAGAGUAAUGCGUCGUUUUGGUCUGCUUUCAAUGAGAACUUUAGGUGUUGGAAAGGCUGGGAUGGAAAAACAAUUUAAAGAAGAUAUAAAUGAAAUGAUUAAUAAAUUAAGUAACCAAGUGUUAUUAAAAAAUGGGGAAAAUAUAAAUCUUCAAUUAUAUAUUGACAGAUUAAUUGGUUCGACAAUUAAUAGAGUGUUAUUUGGAUUUGCUUUUAAUGAUAACCAAAUGGACGAAUUUAAUGAAAUAAAAUCAACAUUUGACAAGGCCAGUCGUUGGCAAUUUAGUUUUUGUGGGCGAUUACUAGUUGCUGCUCCAAUACUUCGUCAUUUACCUUUCUUUUACCAAUCUUUUGUUGAAUUUUCUGAAUUACCAUUACCAAUAUAUAAAUAUUUAAAUAAACAAAUUGUAAAUAGAAUUGAAAUAAGAAGCUUGAAAAAUGAGAAGAAAGAACCAAAAGAUUUGUUGGAUUGCUAUUUAGACCAAAUGGAGAGUGAUGAAGCUGAUGAAGAAUUUAAUAUGGACAAUUUUCGAGCAUUAUGCUACGAUCUUUUAUUGGCUGGACAAGAAACUACUGGAAAUACUUUAAGCUUUCUAGUUUUGUAUUUAUUGUUGGAUCAGAGGGUUCAAUCGAAAUUACAGGCAGAAUUAGAUAAUUUAGCAGAAGGAAAUGAAGAAUUAAUUGGGUUGUCACAAAGACCACAAGCAAACUAUACAAAUGCUGUUAUUAAUGUAAAAAUUAUUACUUAUUUAGUAAAAUUAGGACAUAAACCUGGAUGGGGUUUUAGAGAGAUUCUUAGUUUAUGGAUAUAUCCUUUGGCAAGAAAUUGUAACUUAUAA